ACAAUAUUCUGUUCUCCUCUGAAGUUACGGCUAUCCAGAGACAAGGUGACCAUUUCUCAUACUGCCAUGUCUCUCCGAUUUUCUAGUGGGUCCAGGCAUAUUUGCCUACGGUCUGGAACUGAAUCUCUCAGACCAUCCAGUGGAGGCACAGGCUUUGCAGGUAGCAAUGCCUGGGGUAACUCUGGUGCUGAACGUGGAUUUUCCUAUGCUUUGGGAGGCGGCUUGGGCAGUCUUCCUGGUGGGGACCAUGCUGGUGGUAUCCCGGGAAGUGGUACCUGUGCUGGCUUUGCUGGAAAUGAAGGGGGACUCUUCUCUGGGAAUGAGAAGGUGACCAUGCAGAAUCUUAAUGACCGCUUGGCAUCCUACCUGGAUAACGUGCGAGCUCUGGAGGAGGCAAAUGCUGAACUAGAGAGAGAAAUCAAGAGUUGGUAUGAAAAACAUGGUCCUGGAUCUUGCCGUGGACUUGAUCAUGACUACGGCAGGUAUCACUUAACAAUCGAAGAUCUUAAGAAUAAGAUCAUCUCUUCCACUAUGGCAAAUGCUAAUAUCAUUCUGCAGAUUGAUAACGCCAGACUGGCUGCUGACGAUUUCCGGCUAAAGUAUGAAAAUGAGCUCGCCCUUCACCAAAACACAGAGGCUGACAUCAAUGGGUUACGGCGAGUCCUGGAUGAACUGACGCUCUGCAGGACUGACCAGGAACUGCAGUAUGAAUCCCUGAGUGAAGAGUUGACCUAUCUCAAGAAGAACCAUGAAGAGUGCCAAGGCAUACAAAACAAAGAAUUCCAUGUCUCCCGCUCUGCCCUUCGAAUCUCCUCCCCCAAGGAAAUGAAGGCUCUGCAGUGCGCCGCGGGAGGCAACGUGAACGUGGAGAUGAACGCGGCGCCCGGCGUGGACCUCACGCUUCUGCUGAACAACAUGCGGGCCGAGUACGAAGACCUGGCCGAGCAGAACCGCAGGGACGCCGAGGCCUGGUUCAACGAAAAGAGCGCCAGCCUGCAGCAGCAGAUCUCUGACGACGCGGGCGCGGCCUCCUCCGCCCAGGGCGAGCUCACGGAAAUGAAGCGCACGGUGCAGACCCUGGACAUAGAACUGCAGUCCCUCCUGGCGACGAAACACUCCCUGGAGUGCUCCUUGACGGAAACAGAGGGCAACUACUGUGCACAGCUGGCCCAGAUCCAGGCUCAGAUCGGGGCCCUGGAGGAGCAGCUACACCAAGUCAGGACCGAGACCGAGGGCCAGAAACUGGAGUAUGAACAGCUCCUGGACAUCAAGGUCCACCUGGAAAAAGAAAUCGAGACCUACUGCCGCCUGAUAGAUGGAGACAGAAACUCAUGCUCUAAAUCAAAGGGCUUUGAAUCAGGGAGCCCAGGAAAUUCAUCUAAAGAUUUAUCCAGAACCACGCUGGUAAAGACUGUGGUUGAAGAGAUAGAUCAGCGUGGUAAAGUUCUUUCAUCAAGGGUUCAGUCCAUUGAAGAAAAGACAUCUAAAAUGACCAAUGGCAAGACAGAACAAAGGGUUCCUUUCUAGUUGUCACUUUGAGAAAAGAAUCAUUUGGGGAAAGAUCCUGCAACACUUCGUUAUUCUAAAUAUCAAGGAGAUAGUAAAAACACUUUCUACCUUAAAGAUUAGUUACUUACCAAUAAAAAAAUAAUCCUAUUGUCCUAGUUACCUUUUAUAGGAAGUUGGAUGUUUGUUUUCAAAUAAAUAAAAAAGCUGAUGUGCGCUUAUGCCCAUUCACUCAUGACAAAUAAAUAAUUGAGAGUUAUUUUUUUCCAUGUCUAAUUCAUAGGGAAACAUUUAUGGAAUAUAUUUUAACUGCCUUUUACCCUAGCUUUAUAUAAUAGUCAAUGCCACAUGGCAUUUAAAUAUUAAACAUUCACUAGGCAUAA